AUGGCGACGCCGACGCCUUCCACAAACACGCCGCAGAAGCAGCACCUGCACAACCUCCCAGGUUCCUCCCCCGCACCUCGCAGCGUUCCACCCAUGAAUUUCGACUCACCCGCGGUACUUAACAUGCUUGGCGAGGGAGGCGUCGGAAUGGGCAUCUCCAUGAGCGGCAUGGGCAUGUCUUCGCUAGGUCUCACCGCCAGCCAGCUCGGGCGCGCCGAUGAAGAAGAGCGCCGACGGCGCCUCGAAAGCAUAAUCGCAUUGAUUAACAAGCGCAAAGGCAGGGUGAGCGAGGAGGGUAUAGCAGCGCUGUGCAAGCAAGAACACCUUGAGUUGUUGAGGGAUGUGCAGGGCGACGGGACUGUGGUGCUGGUCCUUGGUCUAGGAGACCUCGCUGUGUGCGAGAUCAGUCUGCUGAACGAGGACGUGACAAAAGUGAAUCUUGAUUUAGCAAGCGAUGACGACGACGUGUAUAAGACGUCCGGUUCGCGGAUAUUGAAGAACAGCCUCAUCCCGCAGCCAGGUGUUCGCAAGAUCAAUACCACGCUGGAUCGGUUUGCGCUCAAUUUGGAAAAGCUGAUGAAUAUGGACAAGUUGAGUAAGACAAAUGCGGGAAUAGACUGUUACAAGGCAAUCUUCAGUGUACAUGCCAGUUUGAAGAAGCUAUUUGAGCAUGAGAAGAAGCUGGCACUGGAGCUUCUAGGCUCGAAUACGCCAAACGCAAGCUACAAGGCUGAGAGAGAGGUGCUAUGCAAAAAGAGUGGAAGGCCGCGGAUGAACGCAGGACACUGUCUCGGGCUGAGUCUGGAGUAUUGGAUGGACCGGCGGCAUCUGAUAGCGAAGAAACCGUCAAAGACCGUGUCUUUCAAAGGAAAGGAGGACGAGACGGACUCCAAGACCCUAGAGGCUUACCCAGAAGAAGCAGAUCCAGCCAACAACAAGAUCUACUCGCUCACCAUCGAGUGCGAGUCGUCACCUUCAUCCAUGUACACACCAAUACGUAUACCGGACUCAUGGAUAGGAGGUAAUAUCGAGAAGGCAUCAGACGCACAACCCGAGGCAGACAUCAACAAUCUUCUCCUCCAUAAUCCGCAAAGCAAGAUAGACUGGCUGGAGCCAAAACCAACAUAUCUCGAUACCGCAUCUCAGGCAGGCGACCACGACGCUAUGAACAUCGACAACGCACCAGGUCGACUACCAAACAUCCGUUUCGUCGCCAAAUUCAACCCACCUCUUGUGGUUCCGCUAUCCCUCUACGUCACUGUAAUGCAGUCAGUGGGCUUGGAAUACAAUCCGCAAGACCUCCGCGCAACGACUUUUGUCGGCCUUGCACUUAGGCCAGAAGAAACAGACCCCGGUAUGUCGACAACAGCAGGCGGCCACACGCCCGAGGUACGCAGCACAACCAAGGUCCUUACGAUCGACCAUGCUGGAAAAGAAGAUCACAAUACACACACAAACACGCUCUAUGUUCCUAGACUAGAGUACGCCCGGACUCUCGACUCCUUACCCUUCCAGCACCCACGCCAACUCGUCGCGCUGCUCCCUACGUUUCGACAGUACGCCUUAACCACCUCGCUGGUACAGGACGUCUUCGGUGCCCACGCACCUCCCAAGGCAACACCUCAACAGAAUCCGCUGUCUCCGCCGAUCACCCCUAAGGACGACAAGGAGCGAGGCCUACAAUUUGACCUCACACUGGCAUAUACGACGCCGGCUCCAAAGCUCGCACUGCACAUCCCGCAUCCCCUUUCCUCCACUUCCGAGACGCCCCUCCCCAAUGACGCAUCCGACUUUCUUAGCCAGUUGCUCUCACAGAACGGCCUCUCGUCCUCUGCCACAGCACCGCAUCCGCCCUUGAGGGUAGUUGUCGACGUUGGCGAGAACGCGGAGAUCUAUAUCAGCGAACAGAACGUCGUGGACGCUGACGCUGGAGCGAGCAAGACGGGUGAGGCAGGGGAAGUGGACAUGGAAAACGCUGAGAAAGCGCGAGAAAAGGUCAAGCGGGUAGAGAAGGCGCUGGAUGUGUGUGGGGACUUGGGAAUCUGGGCGGAGUGGAUUAGGAGAGAGGCUGUGAAGGAUGCUUGA